GGGGGCGGGGUCAGCUCGCUCCGUCUCUGGGAAGGUUUGCCAAAUCUGGCGCUCACAGGUGUGUGAUCCCUUUCACCCGGACGAGACCCACGCAGGGGAUUCCUGGUCUUCGUAGCGCUCCCUGACCAACAGCUGGCGUUUGGGGAGUUUGUGUCCCCUCGCUGAACACUCAGGCGCCGACUCGGAGGCCAAGCAGCCACAGGAGAAUAAGGAGAAAGCAAAAGCGGCAUCCCAACCCAGCCAGGCAGCAGCCGAACCCGCCUCGCCUCAGAACCAACCGGAGCAGCUUCCAGCCGCCGUCGGACACAGCACCCCGGCCAGGAAAGAGCAGGCUUUACAACUAAGGCAGUUUGACAGAUAUAUUCGCUGUCACUGAUUGGCCACACACACGGGCAGUUUGGAGCAGCAGGAAGAGGAUCUGGUAUCCCACAGGUCAUCCACCAGUCGUCUGUCUAGGUCUCCGCUGAGAGGAGUCAAGAAGGUGAAGAUCAUGCAGUGUAAAGUCACUCUGCUGGAUGGCUCCGACUUCACGCUCAAUGUAGAGAAACGAGCCAAGGGCCAGUUCCUCUUUGAUAAAGUGUGUGAUCACCUCAACCUACUAGAGAAGGACUAUUUUGGCAUUACAUAUAGAGAUGUAGAGAAUCAAAAGAAUUGGCUGGAUCCUUCCAAGGAGCUGAAGAAGCAGAUCAGGACUGGACCCUGGAACUUUGCUUUCAAUGUAAAGUUUUACCCACCAGACCCCUCACAACUGACUGAGGACAUCACAAGGUACUACCUGUGCUUGCAGCUGAGAGAUGAUGUAGUUUCAGGUCGCCUGCCCUGCUCCUUUGCCACCCACACGGUGCUGGGCUCGUAUACAGCGCAGUCUGAACUUGGAGACUAUGACUCAGAGGAACUCGCCAGCGACUACCUCAGUGAACUGCGCUUCGCACCCAACCAGACCAAAGAGCUAGAGGAGAAGGUCAUGGAGCUCCACAAGACUUACAAGGGGAUGUCACCGGCUGAUGCCGAGAUGCACUUCUUGGAAAAUGCCAAGAAGCUAUCCAUGUACGGUGUGGACCUCCACCACGCUAAGGACUCGGAGGGUGUGGAGAUUAUGCUGGGAGUUUGUGCAAGUGGCCUACUCAUCUACAGAGACAGGUUGCGGAUCAACAGAUUCGCCUGGCCCAAAAUCCUCAAAAUCUCCUACAAGAGGAACAACUUCUACAUCAAAAUCCGGCCCGGCGAGUUCGAGCAGUUUGAAAGCACAAUUGGUUUCAAACUUCCAAAUCAUCGUGCGGCCAAAAGGCUCUGGAAAGUCUGCGUGGAACACCAUACCUUCUUCAGGCUCGUAUCCCCCGAGGCACCCCCAAAGAAGUUCCUGACCCUCGGCUCCAAAUUUCGCUACAGUGGCAGAACACAGGCUCAGACACGCAGCGCCAGUUCUAAGAUCAUCAGACCUGCUCCGUUCUUUGAACGCACCUCCAGCAAACGCUACAACAUGUCCCGCAGCUUAGAUGGAGCUCCAAUUAUGGAGAACCAUGAGACCCUGAUGAAGGACAGUCCUGCUGACGGGGAAGCCAAAGUCAUUGCCAAGGGAGACAUUAUCACCACUGUAACAACUGAGAAAAAGGCAGAGGAAGAGAAGGCUGAGGAGGGGGACGCUAAGAAGGACACAGCAGAGACACCAGAACCUGCUGCCACAUCACCGCUCAGACAAGACACAAAGCCUAAAGAAGAUGAGCCAGCAGCAGAUGAGACAAAAGAGGAAGUGGAACCUAAAAUCACUGAGGCACCAGCUGGUCAGGAGGAGAAACCGGUGAUAGAGACGGAGGCACUCCCAGCCAUGUCUGCAGAGCCAACGAGUCCCGACACUACCGCAGUGGCUACCAAAGACAUGCCCGUGAUCCACACUGAGACAAAAACGAUCACCUAUGAAGCUGCAGAGGUUGAGACUAACGGUGACGCAGACCCCGGAGUGUUGCUGAGUGCUCAGACGAUAACCUCAGAGACCACCAGCACCACGACAACCACACACAUCACAAAGACGGUGAAAGGAGGCAUAUCGGAGACAAGAAUUGAGAAAAGGAUCGUUAUCACCGGAGACGCAGACAUCGACCAUGACGAGGCUCUGGCUCAGGCCAUAAAGGAGGCUAAAGAACAGCACCCUGACAUGUCAGUGACCAAAGUAGUGGUACAUAAAGAGACAGAGAUCACGCCAGAGGAGGGGGAGGACUGAACCAGGAAUAACUCUGAGGGCUUUUUUUUUUUUUUUUUUUUUUAAAUCCUCUACACCCUCCCAGAAUCCAACAUCCAGAACUCCACAUAUAACGUCGGGACUCUCAGAAGACUAGAAAGGCCUCCUACUCUCCAAGUGCUGCAGCUCCGCCGCUAGUUACAACCAUCAUCUGCAAAACAACUAAAUGCAUUUUGCAUGAGAAGGAAGCAACGUUGCAUUAUCAAAUAAGAUUAUACAGAAAACCAUGUGAUUCUCCAAGUGGUUCCUCAAUCCAUCUGCACGCCAAAUCCCUGUGUGCAGCAAGCGAAACCUUUUGCUUUCACUGCCUCAUAUGACUUUGAUGCAUUUUUAUGAUUAUUGAGAAUAAUUAUUGUAGCAACAUUUUAUUUAUGAAAUAAAGCCAUCACUCCGGAAACUUAAAAUCGUUGUAGGCUGUAUAUGUUAGAGAGCGUACACUAUUUAACCUCGCAGUAGAAGUGCCAACGUUAUUUACAAGCAAGCAUCGCCUCAUUCCCUCAAACAGCUCCAUGGUUAUCCAGCAGGUAUGUCACUACAGAAAUCACUACAGCUACCUACUGUACAUAUCAAAGCUUUCCUAGGAAAAUAGCAAAUUAUCUUUCACAGCUGAAUUUUUUUUUUUUUGUUUGUCAUGUCUACUUGAAUAGCAUUUUCCUUUAUAUUAUCAUUUCAGUGUUUCAUCAUUUCUCAUUGAUUGAUUCCCCCGCUUUUUAGAGACUAUGUCCUGGCAAAAAAGUCAAGGAAUCAAAGGUUUCUGGGCAUGAAAUGGAUUUUAUUUGCCUGUGGAGGGUUUGUGUUUUUAUUCUCCAGGGUAGAUGAUCAGCUGCAGCACAAGUCCCAGGUUUGUGUGACUGUGAGGCAAAGGGUUCAGACUGGCGAGCUCUCCCCUGAUUUACAUUCAAAGCCAAGAGAGAUCUAUAAUCCCCCUCCACUUCCGCCCACCCUGAACACAUCAGCUGUGUUGCCCCCCCCUUAUCCAUUCUAAUGUAUCCAAAAAUUGAGUAUUAUUGAUGUACAGCUGUGUUUUCCUUAAAAAGGUGCAAAAGUGGCAAGUGCAUUUGUUUUGUUUUUUUUAAUUUGCUGGUCUCUUCUAAAAUAAUAAAAACCACCACAGUACUGAAA